AGCAUAAACACAACAACCACAGCUUCAAACCCGCCUGCUUGCCUCUUUCUCCUCCCAUCCGCUCUAUCACUCCCAGCAAACAGUUACAGAACGGAUUUUCUUUAAAAAAAAAACAAUCCAAAAAGCUUGACUUUAGCAGCCAUGGCAAUGCUCUCCACCUCACUUUCCGGUCCAAAAUCUGCCACUUCGUAUUGCGCGCCUGAGUUCUCCGGUCUUCGCCGUUUAUGUCCAAACAGCAACAACAACAACAGCAACUCUCAUUCCCAGUCUUUUCUUCGCUUCUGUUCUCCCCGAAAACCUCUUAAAAGCGUUGUUGCCAUGGCUGGCACUGGAACGUUCUUUGUUGGAGGAAAUUGGAAAUGUAAUGGAACAAAAGAAUCCAUUACCAAGCUUGUUUCAGACUUGAACAGCACGAAGCUGGAGUCUGAUGUUGAUGUUGUUGUAGCACCUCCCUUUGUUUACAUCGAUCAGGUGAAGUCUUCCUUAACUGACAGAAUUGAGAUAGCAGCUCAAAACUCUUGGGUCAGUAAAGGUGGGGCUUUCACAGGAGAAAUCAGUGUGGAACAAUUGAAAGAUAUUGGCUGCAAGUGGGUUAUUCUUGGGCAUUCUGAGCGUAGGCAUGUAAUUGGCGAAGACAAUCAGUUUAUAGGAAAGAAGGCAGCUUAUGCCUUAAGCCAGGGUCUUGAGGUAAUUGCUUGUAUUGGUGAACUGCUAGAAGAAAGAGAAGCAGGGAAAACUUUUGAUGUUUGUUAUCAGCAACUGAAGGCAUUUGCAGAUGCUGUGCCCAGCUGGGAUAAUAUUGUUAUUGCAUACGAACCUGUGUGGGCUAUUGGUACUGGUGUAGUGGCCACACCUGUGCAGGCUCAGGAAGUGCAUGUAGCUAUCCGUGAUUGGCUUAAAAACAAUGUCUCGGCAGAAGUUGCAUCAAAAACACGUAUUAUCUAUGGAGGAUCUGUAAAUGGAGGCAAUUGUGCUGAACUUGCGAAGCAAGAAGAUAUUGAUGGUUUCCUUGUUGGUGGUGCAUCCUUGAAGGGCCCCGAGUUUGCUACCAUUGUCAAUUCUGUAACAUUCAAGAAAGUUGCUGCUUAAUUCUAUGAAGUUGAGUUGGUAUUGGAAACAUUAGCAAAUAAAGAGCAAAAAAGGAGCUGCUUCAGUUUGAAGCUUACUGUAAUCAACCCAUGAGUUAGUCUUAUUGAAUGGAGUUUUGAUGAUUUAUCCA